UCCAAGACCAGCAAGGCGCCGCGACGCGCAUUCCAGCCAUGCCAAUUCCGAGGACAUCCAUUGACCCCUUCCUCAACACCGGGCAAGUUUUUGCAGCCGAGUCAUCCUCUUGCGCGCAGUUAGCAACUAAACGAUCACGAACGGUCUUUGAGGAUGGCGGGCUGGAGCACAUAUUGUGGAAUUCGGAUGAGGAUGGAGCAUCCGACGAGGAUGUGGACUAUUCGAGCGGGAAGUUUGACGAUGUCGAACCCGUGGCAGGUGCUCCUCUCCCUUGGCUCCCUGACGAAGUCGGUUUUGUUCGCGCUGCACAGGAGUUUGCGAACAUCACAGAACUAAGGAAGGUCGUGGCAGAUGAUGCGGUGAAGAAGAAGUACGAGUUUCAGAUUGUGAAGUCCGAUCCGACAAGGUACACAGUGAAAUGCAAGGCGGAAGGUUGUGGUUGGCAACUGCACGCGUCAGCGGUGCACAGUGGACCGACGUUCAAGAUCAAAUCAAUGACCGCACACUGUUGUGGAGGUGUGAGCAAACUCUUUGUCAAAGAUAUAUACCGACAACACGGAGUGACUAUCAAGUAUCGACUUGUAUCGUCCGCGAAGGAAGUGGCGAAGGCGAAAAUUGCAGGGCUAGAUGAUGACGGGUUCUGCAAUCUGUGGAUGUAUUGCGACGAGGUUCAGAACUCUAACCCGGGGAGCCGCGCUUUCGUGCAAACAGAGGAAGGAUGUCAUCAGUUCAAGCGCAUGUUCUACGCAUUGGAGGCAGGUUUGGCAGGUUUUAUGCACUGUCGUCCGCUCCUCGGCCUGGACGGCACAUUCUUGAAGACAAGAUACAAAGGUAUUAUUCUAUGUGCGAUAGGUGUGGAUGCUGAAGGUCACCUCUUUCCGGUGGCGUUAGCGAUUGUGCCUGGCGAGGACAACGAUAAUUGGUUUUGGUUCCUCCACCACCUCAACGCCACAAUCCAAUCACGGGCCACGAAUGCAGAGAUUAUAACCUUCUUGUCUGAUCGAGACAAUGGUCUCAUCGACGAGGUGAGCGACGUUUUUCCAAGCUCUCCGCACGGGUACUGUAUGCGUCAUCUUAGUGAGAAUAUCAAGAAGCGGAACAAAUGCUCCGAGUGCCAGAAGUUGUUGUGGGCAGCUGCAAGGGCAAACACUGUUGCGAAGUUCGACAACUUGAUUGCGCACAUGCGUGAGCUUUUGCUACGAAAGUUUUCUGCGCAGGAGUAUCGGGCAACAUAUGCGGGGUUGAUCCAUCCACUGCGGCCAAGGGAGUUGUGGGCAUCCGACAAGGUUGCCGGAGACACCGAUGGAAAGGACAGCGGUGAGGGGUCGGGAGUGGAGGGAGAUGGCCCAGACAUGGUUGAAAGCAGUGUUUUGCCACCUGUUGCACAGGCUGGGCGAGUACGUCGAACAAAAGGUGCGCAAGCGUGCAAGAGCGGACGGGAUGCCAACUAGGAGUUUCAAGUGCAGUCUGUGUGGAGGGUCCUAAAUGAACAGUCAAUUUUAAG